AUGAGUUUUACGAUUGCAACACUGUUGGAGACAAACUUACCACCAUCUAACAAGUUGAAUAGAUCAAUUCAGCAUCCAGCCAGUUGUGAUGAUGAACGGAGAGGAUGUGAAAAAGAAAACCGUCAACUAAAUCAUUACUGUCAUCAUCUCAAGCAAAGACACAGUUCUGGCUCGAUAACUGAAGGCGGUAGAGAUCGGUUAGCAUCAUCGGAUACCUUAAAUGAGUUGAAUGUAUCAUCGUACUCAUCUCCUUCUAGUCUUUAUUCAUUUCAAUCAAUUCAUUCAGAAAUGGAUCAUCAGAUACUUUCUUCGUCUAGCCCAUUUCAACAAUCAUCACCACAACCAAUCCUAACAGUGUCAUCAUCGUCCUCUACUUCUUCUUCUUCUUCUUCUUCGCCAGUGUCCUCCUCCACCUCAGUUUCAUCAACUUCCUUCUUGAGUCCAAAUCAUCCACUCAAAAGGUGUAACGAUAGUACAUCACCAGUUAAUUCUGAAAAGACUAGUAUCACUUCAAAUGAUGCUUACAUAUCCAAUGAUAAUUCAUCAAUGAGUCAUAAUAAGAAAACUGUAUAUUUAAAUUUAUUCGAAAAUGAAAAUAAACAUGAUUAUUCAAUGAGUCAUACUACCACCACUACUACUACAACCAAUAUCAAGUUUAAAAAUAGUCAUAGUCACGUGAAACAUUUAAAUCAAAAAUCAAUAAAUCAUUCUAAUUCAAAUUACAACUUAAAAUCCACAUUUCAAUCUGAACAUCCACUUCAUCAUCAUAAUGUAACUCGACCAAGACGUUUGAGAACAACUUUUACAACUUAUCAACUGCAUACACUGGAGACCGCAUUUUUAUUGAAUCAAUAUCCAGAUGUUGCAGCGCGUGAUCAAUUGGCAAGUCAACUGAAUUUAUCAGAUGGUAGAGUACAGGUUUGGUUUCAAAAUCGUCGAGCUAAAUACCGUAAACAUGAAAGAUCACGUAGUGAUAAUCAUAAUAACACCAAUAACACUACUGAUCUGAAUACUACAGAAGGAAAUCAUCAUGAAACACUGAAUCACUCACCGGAUAAUCAAACAUUAUUGAACACAUUUAAUACGUAUACAUCACUUUUGCAUCAUUUAUUAUCGAAUAGUCCAAAUUUACAAUUUUCAACUGAUAAUUCGAUCUCUACUCUCUUGUCAUCAACAAUUACUAAUCCAAAUACUUCACAAGCUACUCACUUACCAUCAUCUCCAUUCCAGUUGACUGACACACAUGAUUCAACAGUAACAAUCAAACAAACAAUUGUUGAUACAUUGAAGACUAUGAGUAAUUCUAAAAUUGAUUAUACUACUAUAUUGAAUUCAAAAGAUUUAGCUACAAUUCUAAUUGGAUUCAAUGGUGAUCAAACGCCAUUUCAAAUGAAAUGACCUAAUUUUAGAUUAUCAUAACUUUUUUUUGUUGAUUUUUAUAUUUCAAAAGUUGCGCCAUUGUGAAUAGGAUAACCUUGAAUUAAUUUAAAUAAAGAUGCAUAGUU